AUGGCUCACUCGCAGCACGAUGCCGCAGGGCAGCUCACCCCUGAGCAGCGUGUCGAGCUCGGCAACAAGGAGGAAGACCUCAUCACCGAGGUCAAGCCCUCCAGCGCGUCCAGCGAUUCAGGUCGCGAUGGCCUCCAGCCAGUGCCGUUGACUUGGAAGCUGGCCUCCGUCGCGCUGGUAACUGCCAUUGGCUUCGGCUCGCAAUGGAGUUCCGGCAUCACUGGAGCGAUGAAGAGCACCAUGAAGAAGGAAAUGAACAUCAACAACACGCAGUUUUCCCUUCUCGAGGCCAGUGAGGAUUUCAUGGUCACGGCCUUGAUGCUUCUAAGUGGCAUUGUCACCGAUCGAAUUGGCGGCGCUGGUGCCAUGUUGUACGGCAAUGUCAUUUACUCAGUCGGCUCAAUCCUGGUCGCCGCAGCCGCGCAGACUCGGUCAUACAAAUUCAUGAUCGCCGGCAGAGUCAUUCGCGCUCUCGGAGACAUCGCCACCCAGGUUGCCCAGUACAAGGUUUUCUCGUCUUGGUUCGCCCCUGGAAAUGGCUUUGCCUCCACCCUGGGCUUCGAACUUGGCAUUGGAAAGAUUGGCGCCUUUGCCGGAAAGUCGUCAGCCAACAUCAUCGCCAAGAACACUGGCGACUUCGCCUGGGUCUUCUGGGUCGCUGUGUUUAUGAACAUUUUUACCAAUGUCAUGACGGGUGUCUUCUAUUGGUUCACAAAGGUUGCCAACCGCCGGUUCCAUGGCGUUGAUGAUCCUGCUACCGGAGAGCGAUUGUCAGAGAAGACCAAGAAAUUUCAGCUCAGAAAGGUACUGGAACUGCCGUGGUCAUUCUGGUGUGUCAUGGGUUUCUCGCUUUUCGAGACUUCAACGGCAAUCGUUUUCCUGCAGAAUGCCACUGAGCUUGCUGAGCAACGAUUCGGUACUGAUUCCAUUGCUGCUGGCUGGUACAGCUCUGUCCUCCAAUACUCCGGAUUCUUCGUUGUCCCACUUCUCGGAGUCUUCCUCGACUUGUACGGCCAGCGAAUCUCUGUUUUGGUUUUCUGCGGCAUUGGUGUCUUUGUUUCCAUGCUUCUCGUUACCUUCUCGGCCGGCACUACCGGAACAGCCGCGUCCUUUGCAGUCUUUGCCUUUGCCUACUGCUUCGGUCCCACUACUAUCAUUGACGGUACCCGCACGUCAAUGUGGGACAGCACCGUCUUUGGCUCUGCUUAUUCCAUCAAGAUCAUGAUGAACAAUGCUUACAGGAUGAAUAUUAUUGUGCGAGUCAUCACUGGUAGAAUCCAAGACGCUGACAACAACUCGUACGAUAAAGUCACCAUUGUCUACGUCAUUCUUGCUGGCUGCUCCGUCGUUGUGUCUCUACUCCUUGCCGUCGUCGCCUGGCGAUCAGUCGACUUGGGCCACCUGCAAUGGACACGAAAGAUGCGCAUCGCUCGUGGCGAUGUCUUGAACGACAGGAAGGCUAGGUUCUACGAGGAGAAAGGUGGACGAAACAAGAGAAUCUCCAUGAUGUGCUUUGCAAGCCUCAUCGCCCUUACUCUGGGCAGCUGGUGUGCCUACUUCUGGGGAGUGGCAACUGGAAACAACGAGUAA